AAGGAAAGAGAAAGGGAGCGAGAGAUUCAACGUCCUUUGUUUUGCGAACAAAAAUGUCAGGGAAUAGCGGUGGAGAUUUACGCGUCUUACCUGAAGGCUGCGUAGCAAACGUUCUGUCGCUUACGGGUCCUCUGGAUGCGGGCAGAUUGUCUACGGUCUCUUCAACAUUCAAGUCGGCUGCUGAAUCCGACUCCGUUUGGGAGCGUUUCCUUCCUUCAGAGUACCUCUCUAUUAUAUCAGGUUCUUCUGAUUCUUCUCUCUUGGCCUCUUCUUCCUCCAAGAAAGAUCUCUUUCUCCGUCUCUGCGACGAUCCUAUCCUCAUUGAUGAUGGCAAGAAGAGCUUUUCGCUGCAUAAAUGGAGUGGGAAGAAAUGUUACAUGCUUUCUGCGAGGGACCUCAUGAUUGUGUGGGGUGAUACUCCUAGAUAUUGGAGAUGGACUUCUGAACUCAAAUCCAGAUUUGCAGACGUAGCUGAGCUUAUUGGCGUGUGCUGGCUUGAAAUCCGUGGUAAAAUUAACACUUAUAUGUUAUCCCGAGAAACGCUCUAUGUAGCUUAUCUUGUGUAUAGGACAACAGCAGGAGCCUAUGGUUUUGAACACCAGCCUGUAGAUGUCACAGUGGGACUCGCCGGAACUGAAGGUUGUAGGAGAAGUGUUUAUUUGGAUGAAGAAAGAGAGCGACAGCAGCGAUACCAAAUUGUCGCGAUGCGAGUGGGGUUAUUCCCCCGCAGCCAUGCAGUGGGGUUGCAAGCACCUGCAUCAACUAGGGAGAACAAGAACAAUGGUCAUAAUCGUUCACAGGAAAGAGAAGAUGGGUGGUUGGAGAUGGAACUUGGCGAGUUCUUUAACAGGGAAGGUGAAGAUGGGGAAUUGGAAAUAAGCAUUUCAGAAGUGAAUGGAGGUGAUUGGAAAGGUGGGCUCAUUGUUCAAGGUAUAGAGAUCAGGCCGAAAGAGGACAAAUAUCAAAACAACUAAGCAAGUAAGGGUCUUCAACUCUUCCUUUCCAAAGAAAAAAAUUGUUUAGUCAUGAUUGUAUUUGUAUCUGGUGCAUGGUGAUGUUUGACUUAGGCCUAAUCAUCUUGAAGUUGUCCUUUUUUUUUUUUUUUUUUUUUUGUUAUUCAACUCUCAUUUCUAGAGAUGGUAUUGUAUCUUGGUUGUGCUAAGCCUCUCAACUUUUGCUGUCAAUGCAUUCGGUUGAUGUUAAGCUUAUCAAA